AUGUCUCAAGACCAUUACCAAGACAACAAUAGUCAUUCCAACUACAUCGACUACAUCCUCAACAUGAGCCCGCAAGACAUGCAACUCAUCCAUGAAGCUCAAUUCCAGACAACUAUGGAUAACGAGGGCGCAAUGCUGUCUGCCAAUGGCGACCCUGUGUACUUUGCUCAACCUGGCAUUCAAGACUAUGGCAUAGGGAACUAUCAGCCGAAUGAUGUUCCUCUAUAUGCACCUUACGAUGGUCAGUAUCAACACGGCUUCGAUGGCUACAGCCAACCGAUGCUCGAGCAGUCUUCACCCCAGCAUUAUGCAGGCACCCCACCUCCUCGUUAUUUAUCCAUAGAGCCUGCCAGCGCUACGAAUACGCCAACAAACUCGGUGGACGUAGACUCGCCAUUCGACCCCUGUUACCGUUACAUGACACCCAGCCCAUCGGCACCCUCUCAAGCUACUGCAAUAGCUCUAGUUCAACCCAAGUUUUUUGGACUUUCGUUUCGGAAUCUGGCAGAAGCGAAGGAUAGCAUGCUUAACCGCUAUAUCGAAAACGACUGGGUGCCGCCUGCCAAUGACAGCACUAUUCCCACUACUGACGAAGAUCGAGCUGAACACGUCGCUGAGCUACUAGCAGCAAUGAAAGACGUUUCUGCCUGCCCGGACAACCAAGACAAGGACCGAUUUGCGAAACGAUUGACUCCAGGUGCUAAAAAGGCGAUUUAUGAAGACCAGAUGGAGAAGGUGUGCUGGCAGCUAGUUGACACCGCUGAGAAACUACAUGUCUUCGGCCCGAAAUCAUUCUCUAUCUACGACACAACGCCACUGGAGACGAUGCACAAAUCCCGCAACCUUACUUUUGGUGAGCGUAUAGAUAGUCUCUGUGAGCUCUUACGGCUUUCCAAGAGCCGCUGUUUCUCGCUGCUCAAGGGUGAGAAUCUUGAAACUACUGUGGGUGCGGCUCCCGAUAAAAUUACGGGCACAAUCCUGAACAAUGGACAGAAUCGAAACCGCCAGGAGUAUAUCGCAGAAGGUCGGGUGAGUGUGAAGGAGAAAAAGGCUACGACGUCACCGGAAGAUCAAGCCUCAGUCACGGACGGUGAUAAGGAACUCGAUUCAAGCGUCGCAAUGAACCUGCCUUCAAACGAACCUGAAGAAGAGGUCGAUCCAAAUGUCUCGAUGAGCCUGCCAUCAUCCGAGCCUCUGCCACCUACCGACGCUGGAACGAGUAUCAUCGGUGAUCUCCAAUCGAACAAUACCCAGACCGUCUCUCAGUACGGGGGCGACAAUGGCGGGCAGUACGAGAAUAACCAGCACGUCACUGGGAACUCUUACUAUUAUGGCCCUCAACCUGUCCUCCCUCACUCCGUGUCCUCGCCCGAGAUGCUUACACCGAACAUGCUUUCGCCAUCCACCUCGUACGCCCCGGCUUCAACUCCAGUGUCGUAUGGGCUCUAUUCACCGAGCACGCAGCCAUCGCCGGUGACGUCCUGGACGCCGACGCCGUCUUAUAUGCCGCACAUGACCGGAGGCUAUCCGCACACUCCAUACCAACACCCGUUUGCGAUUCCUAGACCCAACCGAGUGUUAAAACGUAGUGCCGAAGACGCACAGCUCGGCAUGGGUCCAUAUGCACCCGUCCAGCGCCCACGCUUUGAUGAUCAAGAGGCCUACUGGCAAUGA